AUGUUUCUUAACGAAAUAAGAGGUCUCAAGCAUCUUGUAAAACUUGUUAUAAAACGUCUCACAGGUAAGGGCUCAAGUGGACUAGUGAAAAGUAUUUUGACUGCAAAUAAUGAUCGACUCAAAUCUGUAUUAUUCGAUCAUGAUUCCAUCUUCUUAAGUUUGAAUACAAAUGAUGAAAACAUUAGAUGUUCGAACAUUGAAGAAUUAACACUCAACUUGAUUGAUUGCGAUAUGUUAGGAAAUCUCUUCAAACUUAUACCAAAUGUACGUCGUUUGAAUAUAAAUUUCGGACAAUCGCCAGGCGUUUCAACAACAACAUUAAUGAAUGUAUCACCUCUUAUUCAGCUAAAAGAUUUUGAAUUACAUUCAAAUGGUAUGUUUUGGGAAUUGAGCAACAUUAUCGAUAUAUUGUGUAAGACGCCAUCUUUACAUAGACUAACACUUGAUCUAUAUACAGAUGACGAACGUCUUGUCAAUGGGCAGAAUUUUAUCAUUGUUCUACCAUCAUCUCUCGUCGAAAUUCAAUUGUUCAUUCUUUAUUACUUCUCGGAAUUACACAUCGAAACAGAUAGCUUGCGUGCUACAUGGCCGAAACAUAUUCCAAUAUCAUGUUGGUUAAAUGAACCUCAUCAAUAUGCUAUUAUUCAUACCAUACCUUAUAAUGUGCUUUCAAUAUCGAUACUAACAACAAUAGGUAGACAUAUGUUACCCGGUUGGAAAUAUAUGCAAUCAGUAGAAUAUCUAAGAAUUUAUGGAGAAUCAUCUUUCAUCGAUGUGUUAAUGACCGUGCAACAUUUUCAUCGACUUCGGCAACUCAAAAUUAAUGUAGAACACUAUUCAGAAGAAUCUACUAUGAUGCAAUUAAUUGAACCAAUAAAUUUACAUUUACCUCGACUGAAACAUUUGCAAGUAGAGGGAAAAUGCAAACUGUUUUAUUUGCUCAAGGCAGCUCCUAAUCUUUCUGAUCUCUCGAUUGAUUUCGAUUGCUUUAAUGUAUUAAUUGAUAGUGAAUCGAUAUAUCAAAUUUUACAACAAAAGAUCGUUUGUCUCGAAAUUUUUCGUCUACGAGAUAUUCAUACAUUACGAUUAGAUGCUAUUUUAAAACGAUUUACUCAUAUUCGUCAUCUAGUUCUAUCUGUGAAAUAUUCAACGGCUCUUAUCGACUCACUUAUAUCGCAAGCAUUGGACAUGUGGAAAGAAGAUAAACAAAUUUAUGUUUGCAUCGAAGGUCUUUUAUCUGACGAAGCAAAGAAAAUUCUUCGCAAAUGGUCAAUCGAUCAUAGUCAUACACAAAUUAAUGACGUAUUUGCUGUCGACUACCAAAAUGAACGAAUUCAUUUUUGGCUUUAA